CCGGGCGGCGCCCCCGCCCCGCCCGCUGACGUCACGCCGCGGUGAAGAUGGCGGCGGGCCCGGGUCGGGAGCUGUGAGCGCCCCGGGCCCGCCAACAUGAGCUGCUCGGCGGACGCCGUGAAGGACAGGCUGCUGUGGAACGUGAAGAAGGAGGUAAAGCAGAUCAUGGAAGAAGCUGUCACCCGGAAAUUUGUACAUGAAGACAGCAGUCACAUCAUCGCCUUAUGCGGUGUGGUGGAGGCAUGUCUGCUGCACAUGCUGAAGCGCAGGGCUGCCGGCUUCCUGCGCACCGACAAGGUGGCCGCGCUCUUCACCAAGGUGGGCAAGACCUGUGCCAUAGCUGGAGACGUGUGCAAGAAGGUGCAGGAGCUGCAGCAGCAGGUGGAGAGCAGGAAAAAUCAGCCAAAUGGGCAGGAACCCCUCAAAAGGCAGGGAUCAACCACAAGCAAAACACCUGUCCUGACACCCCAGGCCAUCAAGCACAUCUGGGUUCGGACAGCCUUGAUUGAGAAGGUGCUGGACAAGAUUGUGCAGUACAUUGUUGAUAACUGCAGUAAAUACUAUGAAAAGGAAGCUUUGCUGGCAGAUCCUGUUUGUGGCCCAAUACUGGCUUCUCUGCUAGUUGGACCGUGUGCUCUGGAGUACACCAAGCUGAAGACAGCUGACCACUACUGGACAGACCCUUCGGCCGACGAGCUGGUGCAGCGGCACCGCAUCCACGGCGCGCACGGCCGCCAGGACUCGCCCUCCAAGCGCCCAGCCCUGGGAAUCCGCAAGCGGCACUCCAGCGGCAGCACGUCCGACGAUCGCUUUGCCGCCUCGGCGCGGGAGUACGUGGAGUCCCUGCACCAGAACUCCCGCACACACCUGCUCUACGGCAAGAACAACGUCCUGGUGCAGCCGAAAGAUGACUUGGAGGCAAUUCCUGGGUAUCUCUCCCUUCAUCAGUCAGCAGAUAGUUUGACAUUAAAAUGGACUCCAAACCAGCUGAUGAAUGGAACCCUUGGAGAUUCAGAACUGGAGAAAAGUGUUUACUGGGACUAUGCAUUGAUUGUGCCACUGAGCCAGAUCGUCUGCAUCCACUGCCACCAGCAACCAGAAAGCAGAUGGACUUUAGUGCUGGUGAGCCAGGACGGGACGCAGAGGCCUCCGCUGCACUUCCCCCAAGGAGGGCACCUCCUCGCCUUCCUGUCCUGUCUGGAAAAUGGGCUCCUGCCCCGUGGCCAGCUGGAGCCCCCGCUGUGGUCCCAGCAGGGCAAGGGCAAGGUGUUUCCAAAGCUUCGAAAACGGAACAGCAACAAAUCAGUGGACCUGGAGGAGAUGCCAGCUGAGGACACAUCCACGGACUAUGUCUUCAGAAUUAUUUAUCCUGGACACAAGCACGAUAACAUAACUAUUAACUACCACCACUUAGCUGCCAGCCGCUCUACCUCUGUUGACGAUGAUGAGGAGGAGGAAGAUAAGCUACACGCAAUGCUAUCAAUGAUCUGCUCUCGGAACCUCACAGCUCCUAAUAGGAUGAAAGACAGCGGUGAGAUGAUAGAGAUGCAAGGCUUUGGGGCAAACCUGCUGUCGUGGCAGCUGGAGCACUGCAGCCAGGGCUCCUCCUGUAUCUCCUGCUCCAUGGGCAGCUCUCCCUACGACAUUCCCAGCUGCUGCACCUGCAUCCACGACCGAACUCCCCUAAAGAUGUUGUGUGAAAGCAUGAAGAGGCAGAUCAUUUCCAGAGCCUUUUACGGAUGGCUGGCGCACUGCCGGCACCUGUCCACGGUGCGCACGCACCUCUCGGCGCUGGUCAACCACAGCAUCGUGCCCCCCGACCGCCCCGCCAGCGCCGCCGCCGGCCUCACCAAGGAGGUCUGGAGCAAGUACCAGAAGGACAGGAAGAACUACAAGGAACUGGAAUUACUAAGAAGAGUCUACUAUGGUGGGGUCCAGCAUGAGAUUCGGAAGGAAGUGUGGCCAUUCUUGUUAGGUCACUACAAAUUUGGCAUGGCUAAGAAGGAGAUGGACCAGGUGGACGCAGACAUUGCUCUGAGGUACCAGAAGGUGAUGGCUGAGUGGAAGGCCUGCGAGGUCAUUGUGAAGCAGCGAGAGAAGGAGUCGCACUCAGCCACGCUGGCCAAGUUUUCCUCGGGCAGCAGCAUUGACAGCCACGUCCAGAGGCUCAUCCACAGGGACUCCACCAUCAGCAAUGAUGUGUUCAUUUCUGUGGAUGACUCGGACGCGGUGGAGCAGGAGCCCAAGGAGCCCGCGCCGGCCGCGCCCGCCGCGGAGUUCGACUCGCCCGACUCGGGGCUGCCGUCCUCCAGGAACUACUCGGUGGCCUCGGGCAUCCUGUCCAGCAUCGACGACGGCCAGGGCGGCUCCUUCGAGGACGGGGCCGAGGAGGAGGGCAGGAGCGAGGCGGGAGCCGGGCUGUCGGAGGAGCAGCUCUGCUCCCACGCCGAGGGCUUGGCCUCGCUCUGCGCCGCGUCCUACACAAUAGAGUUAUUGGACACUGUUGCCUUAAAUUUGCACAGAAUUGAUAAAGAUGUCCAGAGAUGCGACCGGAAUUACUGGUACUUCACUGCUGAGAACCUGGAGAAGCUCCGAAAUGUCAUGUGCAGCUAUGUCUGGGAGCACCUAGAAGUUGGUUAUGUCCAAGGCAUGUGUGACCUCCUGGCUCCUUUGAUGGUUAUUCUUGACAAUGAUCAGCUGGCCUACAGCUGCUUCAGCCACUUGAUGAAGAGGAUGAGCCAGAACUUCCCCAAUGGAGGUGCUAUGGACACACACUUUGCCAACAUGCGGUCCCUCAUCCAGAUUCUGGACUCAGAACUUUUUGAAUUGAUGCACCAGAAUGGAGAUUACACUCAUUUUUACUUCUGCUAUCGCUGGUUCCUGCUUGACUUUAAAAGAGAAUUGUUGUACGAGGAUGUAUUUACAGUGUGGGAAGUUAUUUGGGCAGCAAAGCACAUCUCUUCAGAACAUUUUGUCCUUUUCAUUGCCUUAGCACUUGUGGAAGUUUAUCGAGAGAUUAUCCGUGAUAACAACAUGGACUUCACUGAUAUCAUCAAGUUUUUUAAUGAAAUGGCUGAGCACCACGAUGCUGCAGAGAUCCUGAGGAUAGCCAGAGACCUUGUCUACAAAGUGCAGACACUGAUUGAGAACAAGUGACCAUGGACAGGCUGCCCUGGGCCUCGCUGUGAGCCACUGGAUGGAGCAUUCCUUGCACUGUAAUUCCAAAUGGUGUUUUAAUUGCAUCUUCCAUGUAAUGUAAUAAAUAGUGAGGAGACAGUAAGAGACUUUUACAACCUGAACUUUCCCUUCACCAGAUGAGGUUGGUGUUUGAUAGUCCUUGUUACACUGACUUUGUAUUUCUAGACAAAAUCUUUUUUGCAUUCUCUGUUUCCCUCUCUAGAAGACAUCUAUCUACAUCUUUGAGAUGUUGAAAGGGGGGAUUUGACAAACUGCAACAUUUCUAUUGUGACUUUCUGCACCUGUAAAGCCUGGAUGCACCUUGUGUGCUCUGCCAGAAGCUGCCAUGGAGGCAAGGCUGGGCCCACUGCUGCCACUGGAUUGGGUCCUUGGAGGAGCACGGUCCUGGCCUCACUGUCUUGCCUUGGACAUGGAAGAGAAUGUGUCUGAGCUCAUGUUGCUAAAACAUUUGGGUUUGUAUUUAGCAGUGAUUAAAGCUGAUAAGGUUUCUGACUGGGAGAAUGGCCUUAACCUAAAUGCCACAGUUCAUGGGAGCAGUGAUGAGCUCGUGAGCUGAAACACCAGUUUGGCCUUGGCUCUCACUGCUCAGCCUCCAUGGCCCACACAGACCUGCCUCUGUUUUGCUUUGCAGACUGACCCUGUGUCACUGCCAGCUGCCAGGCCCUGCCCUGUGUCACUCAGGUGAGCAGGUUCAGCCCAAGGACAGGGCCCUGCUCACGCUGGCAGCUCCUCUCCUGGGCUGUGCAGGGCCAUGGAUUCACAUCCCAUGGAGGGCAGGUGGCAGUGCCCAGCUCCCCAGACCCCUGACUGCUGCUCCUUCCUGCCCUGCAGAGCUGUCAGGGGUCCCACAGCACAAACCAGGCUCUGGUGAGCAGGACCAGCCCCUGCCAGGUGAAGGAGCUGCAGUUGCUGGGGGCUCUGAGCUGCUGCUGCAGCCCCAGCUCGGGUCUGGAGCCCUCCCUGUGCCCCAGGACAGUCUGUGCCCAGCCCUGUCUGUCUGUCUGUUCACUCAAAAACUGGAAAAGUAUUUUUUAAAAGAAUGAGAAGAGUGAGAAAAACCUCCAGCUCCCAGAGCCCAGGGAGUGAUGGAUGUACAGAUAAUACUGCACUAUUUUCCUUUGGUAUGUUGGGAAUGUUCUGUACAGCUGUUUCACACAAACCCAAUCUGUGAACUUUGCUGUAUUUGUUAGAACAUUCUGUCUGAUUGGAUUUUAUCAAUGUUGUGUAUUAUUUAUUUUUGUUGAGAGCAGACUAUUCUCUUUAUUGCUCAAUUAUUUAUGUUUAAAUGUAACUUAUGAAUAAAUACUUAUCAUCAAGGCA